CGCCACCGCCAACCUCCCUUAUAUACUUCACUUACCACCCACACUCUCCUCACUCAAUCCAUCUUUCUCUCUCUAACUUUCUCUUUCUAAACAACAACCAACUACAAUUCUAAUGGCAGUUGAAGCUUUAAAUUCUCCGACGACGGCAACCACGCCUUUGUUUAAACAAGACUCCGGCAAUCAUCUGAGGUAUUUGGACUCAUGGACAAAGGGCAAAAGAUCAAAAAGGCCAAGGGUGGAUCAGCCACCGACUGAGGAGGAGUACCUUGCUUUCUGUCUUAUGUUACUUGCCCGCGGCGGCCGUGGUGGUUCUGGUUCUGGCUCUGGUUCCGAUUCUGCUUAUGUGGCGCCGCCGCAGCGUGCUAACUCACCUGCUCUUAGUAUAAUUGUACCGCAGGAGACGCAACGGGUUGUUUACAAGUGUAACGUGUGUGAUAAAGCUUUUGGGUCUUACCAGGCGCUAGGUGGACACAAGGCUAGCCACCGGAAAAACAACCCAGCCGCCGCCGGAGCUGAGAUCGAACAGUCUGCUGUAACCACCACCUCCUCCACUAGUGGCACCCACGGUGGUGGAAGUGGAAGGAGUCACGAGUGCUCUAUUUGCCACAGAUCUUUCCCUACCGGACAAGCGUUGGGUGGACACAAGAGGCGCCACUACGAAGGUGUUAUCGGCGGUGGCCGUGCCAGCAGCGGCAUCACCUCAUCGGAAGGAGUCGGCUCCACCAAUAGUCAACGCGGGUUUGACCUGAACCUCCCUGCUCUUCCAGAAUUUCUUCCCGGAUUCGUCGAUGAAGAGGUCGAAAGCCCACACCCCACCAAAAGAUCCCGACUUUUUCCACCGGUCAAACUGGAGAUCGCCACCCACCAAUAAAAUCACGAUUACAAAUUCUGGGUUUUCGAUUUUAGGAAUUUUAUGAUUAGAAAUUCGCCGAUGUUUGUUUAGUAUUCUUUUCACACAAAUCAUUCUAUGUAAAUAAUUCUUGUAUUUGAUGAAUUAAAUUUUAUUAAUUCUUGAUUGUUUUACGAUU